GAAGUGUUUGGGAGUGGCGACUGACCUUAGUGGGCGCACUCUCACGGCCUUGGCGUUCCACAGAUUUUGUGGAAAAUAUAGGGUCUAUUUAACGUAUCUCGAUGUUUUUGAGGAAUACAUGAGCUCUUCCACGAGCAAAGCCCUCGUUUAUGCCAGCACAUUAUCUGGUGCAUGUGUGUGUUUACUCUAGGUCUCUUUGAAAGCACGUUUUCCUCAUGCUAGUCUUUGUAUGUUCUGAGCGCUUCUGCAAGACUCCAGCUCGACUCCUGCAUCUUUUAUUAAACUCCGCUUUGCUUUCCCAGGGUCGCAUUUUUCCCUUACAAAAACUGUAGUUUCUUAACGUUUCACGCUUGGUGUGAACUUUAUUUUUGUAUUUGCGAGAUAUUCGCAGCCGCCGAAUUGCUAGCUGCAAGCUAGCCCGCUUCACCCUCAGUCGGCGUGUUGGAGCUGCUGGAAAAUGUCAGAUUUUGACGAGUUUGAGAGACAGCUAACCGAAAAUAAGCAAGAAGAAAGUCAUACAGGUUUAGAAUAACAUGAGGCGGACCGAGACAAGGAGAACAAGCACCACCGGCGCAGUGGCUCCAGAAGUCGUAGCAGAGACCGGGACAGGAAGAGAAGGAGCCGGGACCGUGACAGAGAAAGGAGAGGCAGCCGAGAACGUCAUGGAGAUAGCAAGGACCGCAGACACAGACGCAGUCGCUCCCCACACCGUGAGAAGAAAAAGAUUAAAGUGAAAAAAUAUUGGGAUGUUCCUCCUCCUGGAUUUGAACACAUCACACCCAUGCAGUACAAAGCCAUGCAGGCUGCUGGUCAGAUCCCGGCCACUGCUCUGCUGCCCACAAUGACCCCUGAGGGUCUAGCUGUGACCCAAACACCUGUUCCUGUCGUGGGCAGUCAGAUGACUCGACAGGCCCGGCGGCUCUAUGUGGGCAACAUCCCAUUUGGCAUCACAGAGGAGUCUAUGAUGGACUUCUUCAAUGCUCAGAUGCGUUUGGGUGGCCUGACUCAGGCCCCAGGAAACCCAGUUCUUGCUGUCCAGAUCAACCAGGACAAGAAUUUUGCCUUUCUGGAGUUCCGCUCGGUGGAUGAGACUACACAGGCCAUGGCAUUUGAUGGCAUCAUUUUCCAGGGACAAAGUUUGAAGAUUCGCCGACCACACGACUACCAGCCUCUGCCCGGCAUGAGUGAGAAUCCCAGUGUCUAUGUCCCAGGCACGUCACUCUUUUGCUCCCCCAAUUCUUGUGUCGUUUCCACGGUGGUGCCUGAUUCGGCCCAUAAACUCUUUAUUGGCGGUCUGCCAAAUUACCUCAACGAUGACCAGGUCAAAGAAUUGCUGACAUCGUUUGGUCCUCUGAAGGCCUUUAAUUUGGUCAAAGACAGCGCUACAGGCCUCUCUAAGGGCUAUGCUUUCUGUGAAUAUGUUGACGUCAAUAUCAACGACCAGGCACACUGUUCACUAUCACAGGCCAUCGCGGGGCUUAACGGGAUGCAGCUGGGGGACAAGAAACUCCUGGUUCAGAGAGCAAGCGUCGGCUCCAAGAACACCACACUGACUGGUAUAAACCAGACUCCAGUUACCCUUCAAGUUCCAGGUCUCAUGAACAGCUCGGUAACUCAGAUGGGUGGCAUUCCCACAGAAGUAUUGUGUCUGAUGAACAUGGUGGCUCCAGAGGAGCUGCUGGAUGAUGACGAGUAUGAGGAGAUCGUGGAAGACGUCAGAGACGAGUGCUCUAAAUACGGUCAGGUCAAGAGCAUCGAGAUUCCACGCCCUGUAGAUGGCCUGGAAGUUCCUGGCACUGGAAAGAUCUUUGUGGAGUUUAUGUCAGUGUUUGACUCUCAGAAGGCAAUGCAAGGCUUAACAGGAAGGAAAUUCGCCAACAGAGUGGUGGUGACUAAAUAUUGCGACCCUGAUGCUUAUCACCGCCGUGACUUCUGGUAGAGACUGGACUGAAUCAAGAGCUAGAGAGACGCAGAUGGUGUGAUAUCAGUCUCCCAGAAACCCCUUAUUUUGUAGGUUUAUGAGGUCUGAGAGGGUGUGAGCUUUCUUUUUAAAUCUGGCAGACUAAAACAUGACUUGUGAUUGGUCAGAAUGUAGCGAACCAAUUAUUUGUCAUGUUUUUUAUGUUGUUGAUUGCAACACUGAAGUAUGUGCAAAGCUAUAAGAUGGGAAAAUAGAUCGUACUACUGUAUGUCAUUGUCUACAGAAAAGGAUACAGUUAGAGAUGCCACUAAACUUCCAGCUUAAUUUUGGCCCAUAGUGAUUUUACGUGUCAGUUUUCUUUCCCCUCAAUGUUAAAUACCUGCUCUAUCAUCUGUACAGCUCACACUUUUGAGCCAGACUGGUCAGAUAGGAGUGAGAGGAGGAUAUAAAGAAGCAAGUGAGGGAAGAGAAAUGAUGACAACAACAGAAAUGAAUGUUACACUCAAACAAGAAGGUGAGGGGGUAUUUGAGGAGAGAAGUCUUUGUUAUUUUGACAUGGUUUUUAUUUUGGCUGUGAAAUUAGGUUUCCUGUGUAAAAGUGCAGUUUAAAAAGCCA